UCACCACGUAGCGUUACCAAACAAUGGGCAGGAAAAAGCCACGUUGACGAGCUGCUGUGAGUCUGAGAGCUUUUUGUCGUUGGGAAAAGAUUUUUCUACAAACACGCGGUUUUUUUAUUUUAAUUUGCCAUUUUUGUUUGAGAUCCGUCAUGUCAUCGCCACCGAAGGAGAAACACGAGACCAGAGCUGGACAUCUUCCUGCUGUGAAGGCCGGAGGGAUGAGGAUCGUCCAGAAACACCAAACUGCUGGAGACGCCACAUCAGACAGGAAGGAAGACAAGGACAGUAAAGAGUUCGAGAGCUGCAGCCCACCGAAGUUGCCAGUGGUGGUGUCUGGAGUGGUGACUAAGGGCGAUAAGGACUUCACCCCGGCUGCGGCUCAGGUGGCUCACACGAAGCCCCAACCCUCGGUGCAGAAGCUGCCGCAGUCCCACCACAUCAACCAGCACAUCCAUCAGCCCCGCAAGUGAACCUCCACCCUGAUUCAGUGCACAAGGACCACACCAGAACCUCCAGCCGAUUCUCAGAGUCUAAUCCCCACUCAAUCCUUUUCCAACCCGUCCCAUAAAGAUCCCCAUCUGAUUCCCAGCCAUUCUUUAGCCGACUCUAGAUUUUUUUUUUUUUUUUUUUUUUUUUUCUUUUCAGUUCUCCUCUGAAACCCAAUCCAUUUGUAUCCCGAGCAAUUUCUAACCAACUGCCAUCUAAACAUUUGGGAAUCUCAGAUGAUUCCCAAAUAACUUGCAACUAAUCACCAACCGGUUCCCAGCCCGUUCCUCUGACCAGACUGAUUCCCGAUCAGUUCUCAGCUGAUUCCUAAACAGCUUGACAAAUUUCCUCCCAGUUCCCAACCAGUUCUUCACUGAUUGCUGACCAGUUUACACCCAAUUCCCAAAAAUUCCCAAAUGACUUCUAAUUCCGUGCUCAGGUUCAUCAUGGGGUUCCCAGCAUUCCUCAUGGCCCCUUUCUGUCUGUGCCUGCCAGUGUUCUGCCUUGAACAACAUCGUGAGAUCUCUCUCUCUCUCUCACACACACACACACACACACACACACACCCCAGUUCUCGAUAAGAUCUCCUACACUAAGUCCCACAGCUCCGUCACACAGAUCUGUAGCUGUACUGAUUGACAGGUUAAUUGAGUUUGUUUCUGUUUGUUUUAGACCAAUUUUUUUCCUGGAACGAUGUAAAGUGUGUAACUCGGUUUGUGUAAGCGGACGACGUUAGAAAUGAGGUGUGGCUGUCUGAAUAAAGAGUUAAUAUAAAAUCA